AUGAAUUAUGCUUCGAAGCUUAAUAUUUCUUCUCUAGUUGCUUUAUUUGCUGGAGAUGAACUGCUGUCAACAAUGGAAGACUGUUACUGCAAUGGUAGUCAUCAACUUCGCUCUGGCCGUAACGAAUGUGCUUACCAAAAAGAUUCUCGAAGAUGGCGUGAGCCGUAUAAUCAUCUUGAUGUACCGUCAGGCUAUUUCCGCUGUUUUCUUGGCUCUGAUCACCCUACUUUUGGGAGAGGUAAUCGUGCUGGUGUUUUACUUAACUAUGUCUAUGGCAACACUCUGUCUGUACUCUCCUUCUGGGACUUGAAUAUAUACUUCUUCAACUUUCACAUGUGCAUUCGUCAAUAUGGUCCUGCAAUUACCUUUAUGUUGGCGCUACCAUUUGGUCUAGAGAAAGUGAAUCUCAGAAACAAGGCUGGGGUUACGAAGGUUAUAGGUACAUUGGUUUGCAUCGGUGGGACUAUGGUGCUGACACUUUACAAAGGGAAAACAUUGGUGGGAUCGGAUACGGGGGUCGUGGUUCAUACCAAAAACUAUGCUAAUAUGAUGGUUUCGAGUAAGAAUAAGAAAGAGAGAUGGGCCAUCGGUUCCAUAUUUCUGGCUGCCGGUACUGUCUUUUUGUCGUCGUGGUUCCUUCUGCAAGCCAGAAUUGGAAGGACAUAUCCAUGCCAAUAUUCCAGCACUGCAAUUUUGUCAUUCUUCAGUGGAAUUCAGUCAGCCAUCAUAAGUUUGAUAACAGAGAGGGACUUUACCAGAUGGAUGUUGAAGGAAAAACUCGAACUCAUAACAAUGGCUUACAGCGGAAUGGUGGGAUCUGGGAUGUGCUAUGUGGGAUUGUCCUGGUGUGUGAAACAAAAAGGUCCAGUCUUCACAUCAGCCUUCACGCCACUGGUGCAAAGAUUUGUAGCCAUAUUUGAUUUCACUAUUCUACAUGGACAAAUCUACUUUGGAAGAAACCGUGAGGCCGAACAAAUUCAACAGCUGAAACAGACUCACAUAGAAGAAGACAGUAAUGCAAGAGCACAAGUUUAA